UUCGAGUUGAACUGUUCAUUGAUAAUCUUUCUUGUUUUUAUUUCUCUUCCUCUCUCAUCUUCUUCUCAUCCUUAAUUAUCUUCCUCCCUCACAUAUUCCAUUUAUUAGCUGAUUACAAUGAUUCUUUUCUCAUCUUCCAUUGAUAAGACAAACCUAAUCUCUCUCUCUCUCUCUCUCUCUCAUUUCUCAGUGAUUCUAUUGGAAUUAUUUAUUCUUAUUCUCUACCUUAACAUCAUCAUCAUCAUCAUUGUCUCUUCUCAUCAUAAUUAAAUCUCCUUCACAACAAUUAAUAACAACCACUCACCUUAAAAGCUAAAUUGUUUUUCCUCACUUUUAGUGCUUUGUGAUUUUUACACCUUUCCCAAUAUUAUUAUUAUUUUUCCCUCUCUUUUACCACAAUUAAUUCAAUUUUUAAUUAGCAGGUUAAUCAAUCACCAUGUCCAAGCCAAUUUUGUCGAAAACCAAAUCACUUUUAUCGGAUAAUUCAAAUCUAAGUGGUGAUCCUAAACUUGACAAAGUGAUAAUUGAUUAUCUUUCUUGGGAUCAGUACCCAGAGACUCUUGAUUUUGUCAAAAAGUUGGUCAGUCAAAAGGAUUGGUCCGAAUUGCGUGAAAUUUUGGGCUCAAGAUUGCACUUUGGUACGGCCGGAAUUCGAGGUAAAAUGGGCCCGGGAUUUUCACGAUUAAAUGACCUGGUUAUCAUUCAAACCUCUCAAGGUGUGGCCAAAUAUUUGAUUGAAUACGAUGAUAAGGUAACCGAAAAGGGAAUCGUCAUUGGAUAUGAUGGUCGAUACAAUUCAAAGCGAUUCGCUGAACGGGUUGCGGUCGCAUUUCUUUCACGUAACAUUCCCGUUUACCUUUUCUCCGAUCUGGUUCCAACACCUUUUAUCCCGUUUAGUGUUAAGGUUUUGGGCUGUUCAGGGGGUAUAAUGAUCACCGCUUCUCAUAAUCCCAAGAACGAUAAUGGUUACAAGUUGUACUUUGGUAAUGGUGCACAAAUUGUUUCACCUCACGAUAAGGGUAUUCAGGAAGCGAUUAUGAGUCACCUUGAACCAUGGGAAGGAGCCUGGAAGCGAGAUAAAUUAUCCCUGACGAUUGAUAAACUGGCCGAGAUUGAGACACUUUUCUACGAUGAGGUUCGUAAAAGGAUUUGCGAUCGAUCUCUCAUCGAAUCAUCUGAUUUGGGAAUAACUUAUACCGCCAUGCACGGAGUUUCCCAUAAGUAUAUGACCUGUUUAUUGAAGUUGGUUGGGUUUAAACAGAUUCACCCGGUAGCUGAACAAUCAGCUCCUGAUCCAGAAUUUCCAACGGUUCCUUUUCCCAAUCCUGAGGAAAAGGGUGCACUUGAUUUAUCAAUUAAAUCAGCUGAUGCCUCGGGAUCAACGCUGAUUCUUGCAAACGAUCCGGAUGCCGAUAGAUGUGCCGCCGCCGAGAAACAGCCUAACGGUAAAUGGAAAAUAUUUACCGGCAAUGAAUUAGGUCAACUAUUGGGAGCCUGGUUAUGGGCUGAACAUUGUCGCAAGGAUACAACGACUUUAGCUAAAAAUGUUUACAUGAUCGGCUCAGCGGUUUCGUCAAAGUUUUUGGACACCAUGGCAAAGGUUGAAGGUUUUAAUUUUAUCGAAACGUUAACUGGAUUCAAAUGGAUGGGAAACAAAGCCGAUGAAUUGAUCAAAGAAGGGAAAAAGGUUCUACUUGCUUUCGAAGAGGCAAUUGGUUAUAUGUGUGGAACUCAUAUUCUGGACAAAGAUGGAAUCACCGCUUCCGCCGAAGUCGCUCAAAUGGCCGCUUGGUAUAAGAAAAACACUGGACGAACCUUAGCUCAACAAUUGGAUUAUCUUUACGAUAAAUACGGAAUCCAUUGUAGUAAUAAUGGUUACUUUUUCUCAUCUGAUCAAGAGUUAAUUAAAUCAAUAUUUAAUCGUCUCGCUAAUUGGAAUGGAUCUCACACUUAUCCAGCUUCACUUGGACAAUAUAAAAUUGUUCGAAUUCGUGAUCUUAAUCGAGGUUAUGAUACAAGCGAAAGCGAUAAACGAGCACGUUUACCAUCAGAUUCAUCUAGUUUCAUGUUAACCUUUUACUUUUCCAAUGGCGCUUGGUUGACAAUACGAACCAGUGGAACAGAGCCAAAGGUCAAAUACUAUUCUGAAAUGUGUGCACCAUCAGAAAUUAAAGAUCGAAGUAAGGUCGAAAAAGAACUGUCCCAAAUAAUCGAGCUCAUGACGAAACAAUGGUUACCGGAAUUGUCUUCUUCUUCUUAAUCCUAAUCCUUCAUCUUGUCGAUCAUUCCACUAGUUAUCAUCUCGCAACCAUAAAGAAGAAAAAACUUUCUAAAUUCCAAUCAACAUCAUUGAGAAUCAAGUGGAAAAUUAACUAAUUAACCAAUGAUGUGCUCUUAAGUUUCCAACGCUUUGCCUUUUCAGGUUAUUCCAAAUAUAUUCCUACCUUUAAGUUGAUUCCGUUGAUCACUAAUUUUUAAUAAUUCAGUUUCUAAGCAGGACAAUCUAAUCGUUGAUGCUUCAAAAUCAGGGAUUCAAUUGAACAUUGAUCAAUCUAAACUAAUUAUUCUGACUCUUUAUAAAUUGUUUCCGUUUGUUAAACUUGAAUAAAAAUUCAUCAAAUGCAAAUUUAUAAAUCUAA